CAGAAGCUUCAACCAGCGGUAGUUGGAGUUCCCGCGUGAGGAGGAGAAAUAUAGCAGUCCAUCUUUGGGUCAAGGAGAGAGAAAUUUAGGUCAUGACCUAUUAUACCAAUCCAUAUAGGUCAUCUGCUGGAGCUGGUUUUAGGUAUAGCAAGGUCAUCAGCCGGAGAUGCUCUUGAACCGGCAGAGACCGUGGUUGGCGUACUAGCACGCCAUUCGCCAUGCCACGCAUAUCACAUGCCUUCUGAGGGCGCUACGCCGUGAGCUGGGUCUUGGCAUCAGAGGCGACACCAGCAUCCACAGGCCAUGAGAUGGUCCCUCGUUGUGGCAUCCGGUUCCAAGACCAAACCGCACUCAUCAUCAUCAAAUCAUCAACAGGUAGCCCUAGCACGCUUCCGCCUCCCGGGGAGGAGGAAGCCAGUCCACCAGGAUCACAAGAAAGAAACAGAGGAUGAGGCCGGCGGUUGCGGCCGAAAGCUCGGCCCGCGCAAGAGGCCACCGAGGCCGUUGCUCCGGUGGCGCGGUGCCGGUGCGCGUCGCCAUCAGAUGGCGCCCGCACGAUAGCAGGUAAACAGGUGGAGGAUAUCGCGCGCGCCCCGCGGUUCACACCGCGCACCGAGCCGCGCCAGCGGUCGGCGUCGGCACGGCGACCGCCGAAAGCGCUCGCGGUCGCGUGCUCCGGGCUGACGGGCGACGGGUGGAGGUCGUGGAGUCCGGCCUCGGCCCACAGCCACUGAUUCCACCUCAACAACAAGGCUUUCACUUCCACCAGACCACCACGUCGAGAGUGCUCGAGCUCGGUUGUUUAAAGCAACACGAGCAAAUUAAGCACCCCGAAGCUGAACGCCUAUGCUAUGCACGAUCGAGUAGCGCAAGUUGUCGCUGGAGACUAUGAUCAGAACUCUAGAAGUUCAGAUGCUUCAAGUUACCUCAUCAAGUUUUAUCGAUAUCAUAUUCCUGGCUAUGACGCUUAGCCAAUAGAGGACACAAUUUCUUUCCUGGUUUUAUUUUGGAGUACAUGUCAAAGUACAAAAACCAUUUGAGUAGAGAGAGAGGCUCCCUUCGCUAUCAACUUGGCUUUCGUGUGGCAACGUCAUUCGACAAAGCCCAUCACAAUACAUCCCCCUCCGUUGCCCUUGCCCAUCACAGCACCACAGCCACCGAUUACUAAAAAUCUGGGUCAAUUCGCAAAUGCGUCGCCUUUUCCUCACUAGGUCAUGCUUUGCCUUUGGAUUAGCCGGUCGGGAGCACGCCGGCCUAAUCCACCAUCACGCGCCAAAAACACCUCCAUGGACACCCUGCCAUGGGCUGUUGACGACACAGCGAGUCGUCAGUUCGUCAAAGCAGCUGGCCUUCGCGGACACGGCACGAUUGAAUCGUGACCCGUCGUUUACGUGACGAAGAACGCCUCUGCAGUCAGGGCAGGAGGCGACGGGGUCAGCCGGUGACCAACCGGGGCGCCGUCGCCUGACCCACUCCCCCUAUCCGCAGCCGCAGCCUUUUAGUUUCGUCUCGUGCUGCGCGAGCACGGAAUCCUUUGCCGCCCCCGCGACAAGUAUAGGCCUGUAACGGGAAUAACCGCCCGCGCACAGCUACCUCGGCGACAGCCUAACGGCCACGGCAGGCAGCGGCGCCUGGCUCUGAUGCUGCCAUGUCGCGCGCGCCUCGUAUCGGUGCUGCUGCUGUUUCUGCUGGCGCUGCUGCGUCGCCCCCUCCCGGUCGCCUGCCUCCACGUGGCCGCCGACGCGCCGCUGACGGCGACGGAGCACCGGCAGGAUGGCGCGGCGUGGCGCUCGUUCCAGCAGCUGCUGGACGCGCGCCGGGGCAGCCGCGUCGCCGGCCUCUCCGAGCUCAAGCGCUACCUGGCGAGGUUCGGGUACAUGCCCGCCGGGGCGGAGCACGAGCCGGCGACGGACGCGUUUGACGCGCACAUGGAGGCCGCCGUGCGGCGGUACCAGUCCGCGCUCAGCCUCCCGGUCACGGGGCAGCUCGACUCCGCCACGCUCGACAGGAUCAUGGCCCCGCGCUGCGGCGUCGGCGACAACGGCCACGGCGCGACGGCGUCCGUGUCCCUGGCAACGGCCGGCGGCGCGGUCAGCCGGUUCACGUUCUUCAAGGGCGAGCCGCGGUGGACGCAGCCGGACCCGCUCGUGCUCACGUACGCCAUCUCGCCGACGGCCACCGUCGACUACCUGCCGCCGGAGACCGUGCGCACCGUGUUCCGGCGCGCGUUCGCGCGGUGGGCGCGGGUAAUCCCCGUGGGCUUCGCCGAGACGGACGACUACGACGCGGCCGACAUCAGGGUGGGCUUCUACGUGGGCGGCCACGGCGACGGGAUCCCCUUCGACGGGCCGCUCGGCGUGCUCGGCCACGCCUUCUCCCCCAGGAACGGGCGGCUCCACCUCGACGCGGCGGAGCGAUGGGCGGUUGACAUGGACGCGGAAACGGCGCACUCGGCCGUCGACUUGGAGUCCGUGGCCACGCACGAGAUCGGCCACGUCCUUGGGCUGGGGCACUCGUCGUCGCCCAAGGCAGUCAUGUACCCGAGCCUCAGCCCACGGCAGAAGAAGGCGGAGCUCACCGUCGACGACAUCGAAGGCGUCCAGUGGCUGUACGGACCCAACCCGGGGUUCAGUCUUAGCUCCCUCUACCAGCAGGACUCCUCCAUGGCGACGGGGACGAGCAGUUGGCUUGCUGGCUCAGCUAGUUUAGUUUCUGCAGUCCUGGUCAUACUGGUGACGCUAUUGUAGGUAGGUAGGUAGAUAGACAGGUCUAAUACGCAAAAAGGACAACAUAACGAAAAACAAAAAUGUUAGGUACGAUCCUGUUACGGGAGAGAGAAACGUCUUUCCCUCUAGAUUAGAUUAGUUUUGCACAUAAUUGUGUGGAAGAGAUGCAUCUCUCUUCUGAUAGGUUUUGUUUUUGCACAGUGAAGUUGCUACAGACACGUUUCAUGUAACUGUACAUAAUCUUAUAUCAGUCAAAAGUAUGGAAAAAAAGUGUUAUC